CUUCCCUUCUGUUCUCAACACCGAACAACCAUCCUGUCUACCCGUCCUGUCUACCCGUCCAGCGAUCCAAGUUGUUCGGCUGUUCACACGACUUCACGAUCUCCAUGCUCGCCUUCGGAUCACCCGACCGACGACCCAUUCCCUCCGGAGAUGUGAAACAAACUGGACGCGACGUCGAAUGAUUUAGCAUUCGCGACAUCGAUCACUUAGCUCUACUCAACCUCUUCCAUGCUUCAUAGCGCCCAGCGCCGAUUCGCCGACACAGCAACAAAUAGCGCCUAGUAUAUAACGAGAAUGCAGAGCCGGUGGACACACUUUCGGAACCUAUUCUUUCUCAACGAUGAAGAGAUGGGGAAGAAAGACGACGACCACCAAGCUGCCCGACCCACGGCCUUGCUGCGCAACCCCCAGUGGCAGCCUACCGCCAAGGUGCCAACGCGUCGCGUCCUCCGCCGCUGGACGACUCUGAUUCUCGUCGCCGCCGCCGUCUGGUUCUUCCUCAGCUAUCUGACCUUCGACUUGGGCUUCGGCACCGGCCGGGAUCCGUCUGCACGUUACUACGGCCAGAAGGGCUUGGGCAUGGGCAUGGCGCCAGAGCGCGACUACAACGGAGCCCUCAGGUUCCCCGAGCUCGCGGAGUCUCUGAACGCCAUCCCCACUCAGAGGGGAACCUCGCACAGCAGGAACGUGCUGUUUUUCGCCGCCAGCCUCAAGAGCGCGUCCACCUUGCUGCCGUUUGCCUGCGCCAUGGGCACGGAGCGCAAAAACUACGUCCACUUUGCGCUCAUGAGCAGGGACGCGAUCCGCUUGGAGGAUCUGCAGCGGAUCAACGGAAUCGACGGCUCGUGCCAGGUCAUGUUUCACGACGCGAGGCCGAAUUACGCCGACGUCUCGGCCGACCCGCGGAUGCAACGUGCGACCGCCAGGGCUCUCUUCCAUAUCAACACAUUCAUGCACCCGCAGGCCGUCAUCGUGGACGGCACCGACCGGGAGGAACGCUGGUUUCGCGACGCGACGAGGCUGCAGUCCGAGUCCAUGAGUCUGCCCCUGAUCGAAUUGCCCAGGGACGCGGCUGAGAGCUUGACCUGGUUGACUAAAUUGGAUAGUUACUCUCUUGCCGCCUGGGACAAGAUCAAAAUCGACAUUCUAAUUCAAGCGCCGCCGAAAGGUUCAGGUUCGUUGUUGAGGCUACUCCAAUCUCUCAACGCCGCCGACUUCCCUCCUUCGACCAUCCCCCAUCUGACCAUCCAGCUACCGUUCGAAGUGGAGGCGGAAACGCAAGUGUUUUUGCAGAAAUUCCGCUGGCCGCCACCCCGUCUGGUAGAAGGCCGGAGCGGUGUGCAGAUGCUGUCUCUGCGACACCGCAUCGCACGCCACCGAAUGACCGAGGAGGAGAGUGCCGUCAGGUUCCUCGAGUCGUUUUGGCCGCAGUCUCCUAGAUUCUCCCACAUUCUAGUCCUCUCGCCUCAAGCGGAGCUGACUCCUCAAUUCUUCCCUUAUCUCAAGUUCGCGUUGCUCGAGUACCGAUAUUCCCAGACCGCCUUGCUAGAGGACUGGGAUGAGAGGCUGCUGGGCAUUAGCAUGACUGUUCCUCGUACGUACAUCAACGGCUCCGAGGACUUCCUCGCCCCACCCGAACCAACCGAUCCCGAGCACAAAAAGGGGCUUGGGACUUCUUUCUUGUGGCAGGCUCCCCACAGCGACGCCAUUCUCUUCAUGGGCGAUAAGUGGAUCGAACUCCACGGACUCGUAUCGAGAGUCCUGGAGCAGCAGCGCGACACAGAAUCGCCCGCCCUUCUAUCGGACAAGUCGGUUAGCAAACACUACCCCGCCUGGCUGGAGCAAGCGCUCCGUCUUUCCCGAGCACGGGGUUAUUUCACACUGUAUCCGAGCCCCAUCACGGCGAGCACUGCUGCGACGGUACAUAGAGAUCUGUUCCAGCCUCCUGAGGAGUAUGUCAAGGAUCUCGAGCAGGAACGAAAAGACCGUGUAGUGACCCAGGCGGAUCACCAUGUGCUGGCCGGCCCCCUCGUGAACGUCCUCGACACCCUGCCCAGCCGCGGCAACUUGCCACCGCUCUCGAGCAUCCCGCUGCUGCAUUGGGACGGCACGGCCACAGGUCUCGGCGAUUUGGAUGAUGCGGCUAGGCAGUACACUGCUAAAUGGCGUCGCGAAGUCGGCGGAUGCAGUGAAGAAGAGGCCGACAGGGCAUCGGUUCAUCUGACGGCGAAGGAUCUCUUCUGUGAGAAGAACGAUGAGGCGAAUGUGCUAUAAAUGCUUUAUGUUUCAUGAAUGGACAGAUUGCGCUGCCGUCUGUGCUUUGUAUGCUAGAUAGGUAGGGUAAUGGUACUUAGUCAUGGGGUGCUUCCAUGUGCGCCGAUCUUGGCGAUGAUUAGGA